UGCGUUGUGGUGUGCUGGGUGAUUGCCUUGUUGCCCGUGUGUGUGUUGUUGCGUAGAGUGGACGGUGGAGUAGCACGCAGGGCAAGGAACUUAUACGGCCUUGGGGCAAGGCGAUAUCGCAGGGAACGGGUGCGAGGAGCGCGUGCGGCGCGUGGUGAAGUUAGAGGGCCUUGAUGUAAGGGUACAGACACCAGUAACCAUGGCAACAAAUGGCUCUGCUCCCCGCAACACUGCCACCGUGGUGCUGGGAUCACAGUGGGGAGACGAAGGCAAGGGGAAAAUCGUCGACCAGCUGGCCAGCGAGAUGGACAUGGUGUGCCGCUGCCAGGGCGGGAACAACGCCGGGCACACAGUGGUCGUGGACGGCACCGAGUACGACUUCCACAUCCUGCCCAGUGGCAUCGUCCACAAACACUGCCUGGCAGUGAUCGGAAACGGAGUGGUCAUCCACCUGCCUCAGAUGUUUGAAGAGAUUGAGAAAAAUGAGGCAAAAGGACUGACGCACUGGCGAGAGAACUUGAAAAUAUCCAGUCGCGCUCACCUGGUCUUUGACAUGCAUCAGGUAACACACUGGCCGUGAACCAACCGUCUGGUUAUCAGUA